AUGGAGCAGAGUGCACCACCAGAGGCCGAGGUGCAGGUCACUCCGCUGCCUGAUCCCGUAAAACCCGAGGACAUUGCGAUCGACGCGGACGAUGCUGCGACUGCUUCAGCUGCUGAGCCGACAGAAGCUGAGAACACCAUUUCGAAUGCAGUGGAGGAGACGGAGACCCACUCUGCCGAUGCGGCAGACGAUGAUGAGUCAGGCGCUGAAACCACCGCGCAAAAAGACGCAGUGGAAGAGCAGAACGACACGACUGAAGACGAUUCCAAUGUCGUUGAGCAUCCAUCGACCCCAGAAGAAGUGGAAGCCACUGGAGCUAUCACUGCAGCAAGUGAGGAUAAAUCUUCAUCUGCCGCUGAGGCGGAUGGAUCAAGUGACGUGAUCGCCACAGCUAACGAGAAGCCGGAAGAUCUGCCGUCUACAGACGCUCAGGGGGAUGCAGUCGAAGAUGCAUCUACACCAGAUGCCGUUAGUGAUAGUGAAGGUGCUGAGGAAACUGCAACAGCACAGGAAAAUGAGACUACGGUGGAGGACGCUGCAGUGAAGGAUCCGGCUACGACUGAUGAUACAGAAGACAAGCUGGAAGCUCCGUUAACCAUUGUGACACCAGCAACAGUUGCAGGUAGCGGCAAAGAGGAAGACCUGACACAUACAGAGACCAGUAAAUCGGAGGUGCCUGCAUUAUCGAUAGAUACUGACGCUCCCGCCAAUCCUGCUACUGAGGACCAGACGCCGGCUAAUGGUGUUGCGGUAAACAGCUUGAUUGCCGAUGGUGCAGUGGCAACACCCGAAGGAACCUUGCAAUAUCCCCAGGAACUGGAAUUGGCCUCACCUGCUGCGAUGCCCGAUCUUCUUGUUGCUGCUACUGACACUGAAACUGAGAACAGUAACGACCCGGUACCACUGGAAGCUGAUGCGAAAGAAUCCGAGCAGGACCAGGUAGAAAACGAUGAAAAGGCCGAGGAUGGUGAACACGCGACUAUCACUGCAGUGCCAGAGGAGCCUGCUAAGUCCACGCCUGUUGAUGCAAACCUGGAAGCGGUUCUCGAGAAGAUCCGUAACAAACUCACGUGUGAAUCAGUUGAAGUGUUGGAGUCUGGUGAGAUUCUGGCCCUACCCAAGGGCUGGUCAACUCGAAAGAGUAAAACUAAUGACGGCAAGACGUACUAUGUAUCGCCUUACGGCCACACGCAAUGGCUGCGUCCUCCAAUGAAGACCGGGGUCAUUUACAAAUGGGUACAUGAGAUCGAGGUGACAUUUGGACCGGGUCGACUGGGACUCAACCUGAAGCAAAUCGCUGGUAUUCCUGGUACAGUAUUUACUGACCUACAAGUUCACAUCGCUGAGAUCUACAAGCUUCCGAAUGGAAUGGCAAGUCCUGCAGAGAUUUAUAACUGGAGUGUCAAGCCGGAAAAGCGUCUUGAAGUGAAUAUGCGAGUGACGAUGAUGAAUGGCAUCUCACUGACGGGUUACACGUACUCUGAAGUACUGGAACUGCUCGCUAGGAUGGUGCGUCCUGUCCGUAUCAAGUUCGCAGAUAUUACUAAAGGUAUUGUGGGUCGAGUGGAGGAGGAGAUUCCACACGAGGAAACUGAAGAAGUAAAAGAGGCCCGAGCUGCUCGAGUGAUGCAAAACUCUCUGCGUUCGGAGUAUUUCCAGAUCUUGGUGUCGUGCGAACUUCAUAAACAAGUGUGGGCGGCGACUAAGCGCCGUAUGCGCUUGAAGAUGAUUGAAAUGGAAAAGAAAACCGAAGUGAUGGAGUCGCAAGUCGAAGCAGGGCUGCAACACCAGGAAUCUCUUGAGAAGGAGCGUGAGAACCUGAUCCAGGAAGCAGCUACACUGAAAGAAAUGAUCGAGCAAUUGGACAAGCAAACAGCCGGAGAAAUUGAAUCACCCGAGGUGCUACGGACAGCUGAGCUGACGCAGCGAACUGCGGAGCUUGAGAAGGAGGUGACUGAAAUCAUCGCUGAAAAUGACGAGCUGCAGGCUUCACGCAUCCAAAUCGAGGAGACGCUGGAUGAUUUGCAACUGGAGUUGGACGCAUAUGGAGACCUUGACGUGGAGCUGAAUGGCCAGCAAGAGAUUAAGUUUUUUUCUCCUGCAUUUUUGGGCUCUAUGGUGCAUAGAGGGUCGAUCGAUACUCGCGCUGAAGAUGCACGUGAGCGGCUUCUCGAGAAGAUUAAGGCGCAACACAGUCAUCUUGAAGAAGAGAUCAAACUGGAAGAAGAACGAACGAAAUUUGUGGAAUCAGAAAUCAACCAGUUUAAGAAGCAGAUGGACGUGGCAGCAGAGGCAGUUAAGCGUGAAGAUGCCUUUAUUAGCGGCGAGCGUCCGCCUCAAAUGAUCUUCUUGGAGAAUAAGAUCGCCUUGUUGAGAAAGAAUUUGCGGGAGACGGUGGCUGGAAUAGCGAACGCAGGCAAGAGUGGUGACCAGCAGCAGGCCGACAAUCUAUCUCUCCGACGAGCAGACCUGAAGGAUGAUCUGAAGUCGGCACUUGACGAAAUGCGACGAAUGGAGAACGAACUGAACGUGUUCUUCGAUGUUGAUGAAGGCAAAGAAGUGAAGCUGCUGCGCUCGGAUUCGAUCGUCGACACAGUAGAUAUUGACCAGGCCCCACACGAACGCGCAUCGGAAUCGUCUCGACUGCAAAACAAGUUGACAAAACUUCAGAUGCAGUUGCACGAUACCGUUGUUCAGCUCGCGAAGGCAGCAGGUGAGAAGGACGAGACGCGUAAGAGCGAGUUAGGCCAGCGGCGAUUGCAGCUGAAGGACGAGAUGAAGGUUGUGCAAGAUCAGUUCCAGCUACUAACAAACGGAACUCUUAAUGUGGCGGUCAAGAACAAGGAGUCCUCGUACCUGAGACCCUCAGUUGUUGGCCCACCGACACUGCAGGAUGUUCCUCGGCGAUCUACCGGUGGUUCUCGAGCAUCAAUUGGUGGCAUCCGCGCCUCAAUUAGUGGCAGCAGAGCGUCCAUGGCUGCUGGUCGAGCUUCAAACAAUAGCAGACCGUCAGAGAGCGUGCAGAGAGGCUCGGAACGCUAUGAUCCCAACGUCAGUCGCCGAAGCAGCAGCAGUGCCUCACUCACGCAGUCUUAUGACUCAAACUCGAACCAGAUGCCUCGAGAUGGUACACUGCCGGUAAUGAGCGGUACCUUACGAAAACACCCAACACACUCCAACGAGAAGGGGGCAUUCGGCAACAUGUCACUACGUGGCGUUCGUGAACGAUGGUGCAACAUCGAGCCUGAUGGAUAUCUUCGAUACUACAAGCGGGAGGGCGAUCGUGAACCUCGUGGUGCGAUCCCUUUGAAGCACAAGUCUCUAGAGAUUCUGCAUGGGAAGGGGGUGGGUAAACCGAACGAGUUUGUGAUCUGUUCACCCACGCACCAGACGCGGAUGGUUGCCAAGACACGUGACGAUAUGCUCAAGUGGGUGAUGAUGCUGGAACUUGCACACGCGUAUUUCAUGCAGCAAGGUCGUGGAUCUACCGAUGGUGGAAACGCACCAGGGAGCGUCUCCUCCUCUGUCGGUAGCAAUGCUGACCAUCUCGCCAACGCAACGUCGCCCGGGUCAGCAGACGCAGAGCUCGUGUAUCGAAACCAACGCGCUACGCUCGGCUUCUAA